GCCAGGGCGGGGUGAGGGGGCACUGGGGCUGGGGAUGUGUCACAAACCUCCCUGCUAAGGGGGACACACCUCCCUGCUAAGGGGGACACCCUUGGGUGACCCCCAGGGGAUGGGCUUGGGCGGUGGGGAGCAAUCCUGCUGAUGGGGUGAGGCUGGGGAGGGUCUUGCGCUGCCCCCCGCCCCAGCGUCCCUUCAGUCUCAUAUUCCUCUCUGCUUUUUACCAAGCAGGGAGACCCCCGUGCUGGGCAGGGAGGGAGGAAGGGGCACCCCAAAACCUGUACCCGUCCUACCCCCGUCCCCAUUCUCCCCACAGGGAUGCUCUGCGCACCCCGAGCUCUGCAGAUGAGGUCGCCCCCACCCUGCUGGAGGGUCCCCCUGUCCCCAGGGCUGGCAGCACCCCACCCGCGCCAGGGGCCCCUUCCUGUGUUUGUUAAGACGCCGUGAGUCAGGCGUCUGGUUUUCGGUUUGAGCCAAUAUUUACCAGCCAAGAGCUGCCAAAAUAAAGCUGCGGCUUCACCAGUAAAUAUAGGGCUGAGAUGGGGCGGGGCACGGGGGGGAUUUAUGUGUCCCCCCACUUCAGCACAGCCACCCCCUUCCCACCUCUCUGGUGCCCCUAUCGUCUUUUUGCCAGCGUGGAGACACCACAAAAACGGGAACACCAUCAAACAUCAUCCCCCUCCUUCCACGGGUCCCCCACUGCAGCACUCAGAGUGUCAGCGCUGGGGGAUUUCAGGGACUGCCAAGGGGGGAUGCCCCAGAGCUGGGGUCUGUACCGGGCUGGGGUCCGUGCCGGGCUGGGGUCUGUACCGGGCUGGGGUCCGUGCCGGGCUGGGGUCUGUACCGGGCUGGGGUCCCCAUCGGGCUGGGGUCUGUACCGGGCUGGGGUCCCCAUCGGGCUGGGGUCUGUACCGGGCUGGGGUCCCCAUCGGGCUGGGGUCUGUACCGGGCUGGGGUCUGUACCGGGCUGGGAUCAGUGCCGGGCUGGGGUCUGUACCGGGCUGGGGUCCGUGCCGGGCUGGGGUCCCCAUCGGGCUGUGGUCUGUACCGGGCUGGGAUCAGUGCCGGGCUGGGGUCUGUACCGGGCUGGGGUCCCCAUCGGGCUGGGGUCUGUACCGGGCUGGGUUCUCUCUCGGGCUGGGCUCCGUGCCGGGCUGGGGUCUGUACCGGGCUGGGGUCCCCAUCGGGCUGGGGUCCCCGGGCUGGGCUCGGUGCCGCUGCCCUCUGCCGGUGCCCGCACGGCCGGCGCUGGGCGUUGCUCGCAUCCUGCCCCUGCCAAGAGCGCAAAGCCGCGGGCAGGCAGAGCUCCCGGUGCGCGGCCCAGGAAAUGCCGGGCUCUGCAGGGCGCUCCCGCUGCUGUGGGACAGCGUGAGCUGGACUCCACACACGUGGAGGGUCCCCGGACAGACCCUGUGUCCCUUGUCCCCUCCUCUGGCUCUGCCGGGGCUGCUGCUGCAGGAGAGUGGCUGCUGUCCCCAUCCCUGUCCCCAUUUACCCCUUACCCCGCACCUCAUCCUGCACCACUGAGGACACCGUUGUGGUGGCCUCUCACCAGGACCACCAUGACAAUAAGAACAAGACCCUCCAGGCUUUCACCACCCACCACGAGUUUAAAAUUAAAAUCCAGGUGCAGAUCCUCAAGCUGCAAGUCACGCUUGUCCUGGAAAGAAAAUUUCCUGGAGCAGCUUCUCAGCUGCCAGGGGUUUCCCCCAGCCUUUGUGGCCUCCCCAUGUGGUGCAGGGCCCUGGGGGCAGUGGGGAGUUGGGCUGUGGGCGCCUGGUUCUUGCACUGCCUCAGGGAUGAAAUCAGCAUUGGAGAAGCCAAGAGCACUCUGUGAUGAUCCCCUCAUCUCCUGCUGCUUCCACAGCUCUCCAGACAGGUGCCUCCUCUUCCUCCCCCUGCUGUUGUACAUCUGUGCCCCCUCCCCAUGCCCAAAAUAUCCCCUUGGGCAGAGCUCAGCUUUGGCCUGCUGCUGCCUAGCCCAGAUUAUUAUAUGAUCACACACACAUACACAUAAAACCAUCAUGUCCAUGUGGCUUUUUCC